UGAUUGACUGGACAAAGGUGAAAAAUUGUAUCUUUAUGCUGAGUGCGGUCUUCUUUGGAGUUUUGUUAUUAUUAUUAUUAUUAUUAUGUGUUGACUCUUGACAAAGUUGAGCUCUCAAAGAAAAUCUUCCACGCCUGCUUCUACAAACAUAAUUAUCAUAUAUUCAUAUGAUUAUUGUUUCUGAGGUUCGUCAAAAAGGUGUAAAGAUUGCAGCUUUAAUUAAUGUUUUGGUUUUCAAGACUUAAUAAUUGCGAAUAUGAGUAUGUUUUUCCAGUCUUGACGAGAAAGAAUUGGGUCUUAUUUCUCCUUGUGUAGAAUUGGGAAAAUUAUUCGCUUUUGCUGGGAAUUUGAUGAGGUUUUUGAAAGUGGACUUCAGUUUUUUGCUGCUGGAACUGUAAAGAAACAAUUGGAACUAUACAGAAUUUUGAGUUUUCAUCUUUUAAUCAGAGAGGGGCUCUUUGUUACUCUCCCCUAGCAGAAUUUCCUUAUGGGGAGUGAUGCUGCUUCAGUUGCUGGGUUACCAUCUCCUCGUGACAUUAAGGUGCAUCGUCUAAUGUGCAUGGAACUAAUUAAAUUUGUAACUGGAGUUUUAAUGUUACUUCCAGCAAUUGAAGAAGCCCGUCCUGGAUCCAACCCUGGAAUACAGGUACUUUGCCAGAUAAACAGAGCACUUGACAAAGCCAAGGACAUUCUUCAGCAUUGUAGUGAAUCCAGUAAACUAUACUUGGUUUUCCAGUGGAUUUUUUUUUAUUACAUUUCUAUAUAUCAUAGGAAGGGAGAGAAGAUCCAAAGAGUUCCAACUACUAGCACACUCGAAGGUCAUGCAAUUAAGUGUAAAAAUGCACUAACUGGAAAUGUUAUACUUUCAAGAUGCAACAAAUCAAAAAAAUUGCUUGAGCAAAGCUUGAGCUGUGUGCAGAAUAUGGUUCCUGUAAUGUUGGCUACACAGAUAUCGCAACUGGUAGCUGACCUGGGAGCUGGAAUAUUCAGCUUGGACCCAUCUGAAGAGGAGGCAAGGAAGAUAUUGAGCAAGCUACUUCAUCAGUAUACGUCUACAACACAUUCAGGGGAAGAACAUGUCUUUGAGGCUAUUCAAAUUGCUAUGGAGAACCUGCGUAUCACAUCUCCAAAAGAUCUUUUGAUAGAGAAAAGAUCCAUCAAAAAACAGCUGGAGAAAAUUGGGGAGGGUGAUCCACCAAAAAGGAAAAUCUUACUGUUCUUUCUGAGUCUUCUCAACAAAAAUGGCAAAUCUAUUGUGGCAGAGCACACAGAGAAUGAAUCUCUGCAGCAUGAAGACUCCCUUGAAUUUGAAGUGGAAUCUCGUCUGAAAUGUAAUUAUAAUGAUGCUCAAAGGGAUAUCUUCAACGGCUCUCGACUUCCGGAUGAGUUCAAAUGUCCUUUAUCAUCAAGACUAAUGUACGAUCCCGUUGUCAUUGCUUCUGGGCAAACAUAUGAAAGAUUUUGGAUUGAAAAAUGGUUUGCUCAAGGUAAUGAUACAUGUCCAAAAACCAAAAGGAAAUUGGUUCAUUUGUCUUCAACCCCAAAUAACUCAAUGAAGGACCUUAUAUCAAGGUGGACUGCAGCACAUGGGGUCAGCGUUGUUGAUCCCAGUGUACAAGCAGCAGUAGGUCACUCAUGGGAAUCAUCUUCCACUUCAAUUGCUAGCUUGAGCAGUUCAAUGAUGGAUCUAUCUAUAAAUAUAGACUUCAGCAAUUUAUCAAUGGGAACUUCAGAUGCUAGUUUUGCAUCACAUCCUUCGCAUUCUAAGAUUUCAAAUGACUUUCAUAAAGGUCAAUCUCGUGAAAGCAUACAUGAAAUGGAACUGGAGCGUUUAACAAGGCUCAGUUCACUCUCUUGGGAGUCUCAAUGCAACUUGGUUGGAAACAUCAGAAACAUGUUGACACAAAACGGUGAAGCUAGCAAUUGGAUGUCAUCGGACAAUUUUAUUCAAAAACUUUUCAGAUUCUUGAAAGAUGCACAUAAAUGUGAUGAUCAGGAUGCUCAAUUAUUGGGAUGUCAGUCAUUAUUAGCAGUUCUAGAUGAAUGCGGAAGCAGUUUGCCAUACUUGAAUGAUGAUGCAUUUGCUCUUUUGACUUCAUUGCUUGGUUCGAAGGUUUCUAAAGAAGCUAUUGCUAUAUUCGAAGUGUUGUCCCGCCACCAAAACUGUCACCAUAAAAUUACCAUGUCUGGUGCACUACCUAUUCUCCUGGAGAUUCUUGAUGCCCACAGUAGAGAAUUGCAGGAACCAGCCAUCAAAAUAUUAUGUAACAUGUCAGGAAGUAGCAAAAUUGGUUCCUUGAUUGCACCUUCAGAGUUGGUUCCUAAAUUGGUUCCUUUUCUCGAAGAUACAGCACUCGCAAGAAAUUGUGUUAUCAUUUUGCAUAGUUUGUGCAACAAAGAAGAUGCUAGAAUUGCUAUAGCUGAAACUGAUGGAUGCAUUGCAGCAGUUGUGAAACUGCUUGAGCGUGAGAGUCGCAAGGACCAGGAACAUGCUGUGGAUUUUCUUCUUUCUUUAUGCCUUCAACGGGUUCAAUAUUGUCAACUGGUAAUGGAUGAAGGUGUCAUCCCUGAACUUGUCUCUGUAUCUAUUAAUGGAAACAACAAAGCAAAGGCAAUGGCUUUGGAGUUGCUGAGACUGCUGAAGGGAGAAUUUAGUGAUACUGGAGAAUCUUACGAACCGGAAAUCGACAUUCCUAAACCCCCUACGACUGACUUUACUCAACAGAAAUCUCAUUCCGAAGGAACAGGAAUUUUUGGGAAAUUUUUCUCAAAACGUAGUUCGACUACUGCCAAAAGGAUAAAUAGAAAGUGAUGCGGUUUGAACAUUUUUGUAUGAUAGGAUGUGUAUAAUUUCACAGGUUAAUCUAGUUUUUGUUAGGGAGAGGCAUAGAUAGUAAGCAUUUAUAUUGUUAUAGCUGCUUGGGAGUUGGGAUAGAAGGUGUAAUUAUUGUUGUUCUAUCUAGUUUUUGUUUGUAUUUAAUUGAUUUAACAUUUCACUGGACAACAUAUUCAGGUGUAUAGUGUAUUUUGUAUGUACAAAUAUGAUAAAUUUUCAAAGAGAUGGUCAUUUUUUGAUUAAAAAGUUGAGAGUUGA